AUGAUAAUUAUUUGUCAUUUGAUUUGGUUUUGCAGUCGGACCCAGACCAGUGUCCCGAGCAUAAUAGCCCAUCCCCGACGGAUGAUGUUUUUCACUGUCCGAUUUCUCCUCCUCCUGGUCACCCUCCUCCACCACCCCCUUACCUGCCUCCUCAGCCCUCUAUAGAGGAGGCCCGGCAGCAGAUGCACUCUCUCCUGGACGAUGCCUUCGCCCUUGUGUCUCCCUCAUCUCAGGGUAGCACCGCUGGCAUCACUCUGCCCGGGGUCGGUAUCAACCCUGCGCCACCACCUCCAUUGAGCCCACCAUCACGGGGACCACGGCCCUGGGGCCCAGGAUACCCGCCCUUGAAUCCCUACACAGGGAGAUAUGCUGAAUUAGGUCUGCCUCCUUCCAGUGUGCAAGGUUUACUACAUAGACAGGGAUUGGGGUCCAGCUAUAUGCCAUCAGGAGAAUCUCUGCCUGCUGAACAUCUACAGCCAGAGUCACUUUACCCUGGUCGAGGGACACACACUGAUGAGCUGCCCUCCUCUGCCAGACCACGACCAGUAGGGGGCACUACAGGUGCACAGCUGCAUCAUCUAAGUCACGUUGGUCUGACAGGUCGUAUAAAUGACAGCCGACAGCUCGGUGGGUCAAACUGGAGCCCGUAUCCUGAGGACGACAACAAACUCGCUAACAACAGGGAGCCUGAUUUUGGCUCUCUUGACUACACCUCCAUCUCUGUAUUCCAGACUUCCAGAAAUGGCCUGAAGGAGCCAUCUGCUGCUCCGGCCCACCUGGACUCUCUGGGCCUGGGCUACCCUCCCUCCGCUCCCCUCGAGGAGCCUUCACCUCCAAACCACUCGUCCGCCUCGCUCAUCAAAGCCAUCCGAGAGGAACUGAUGCGCCUCUCCCAGAAACAGGCCUCAGUUCCCAGUUAUCACAGCUGAGACUGGCCCAAACUGCACUACACUGCACUGUACUUCCCAUGGAAGUGGCGUUUUCGAGAGGUCAAAGACUGUCAUGUAGCGUCUGCUGCCCCCUGGUGGCAGAAAACAUUAGGACAGGAAGAGUAGACAUUUCUCCUUAAUUUCCAUCUUCCUCUCCGGUUCCCCAAGUUGUGUGCCGAGACUGAAGUUUAAUGUUUUUUACCUUCUUUAAAGAUUGGAAGCAGACCAGGAUGUUGAAGCCAAAAUCUGGCCACGACACAUUUGUUUAUGUCAAGUUCAGACUACACAUUACCAGAUUUUUGGCUUGAUUUGUUUAGUGUAGAGCAGGGGUGUGCAAACUAGGUCCUGGAGGGCCGGUGUCCUGCACGGUUUAGUUCCAACCCCAAUCAGACACACCUGAACCAGCUGAUCAAGCUCUUUCUUGGUGUACUAGAAACUUUGAGGCAGGUGCAUUGAAGGAAGUUGGAGCUAAACUAUGCAGGACAGCGGCCCUCCAGAACAGAUGUUGGACACCCCUGGGGUUGACGAUUUGUAAAUGAUAAUGGACACAAAAAUCUAUUUUAUUUAUUUGUUUUUCAUAAAAAGACACUGGUGUGUUUUGAUUUUAACAUAGCAUUUUAAAAUGAAAGCGAUCAUUGACCUAUAGUUGAGUUCCCAUAGUUUUCCAUGUUAGAAGCUAAAAGUAUCUAUAAAAAUAAAGUACGAAACUGCAGCAUAUAUACAAAUACUAAAUAAAACAAAGGUUCUUAUGGGAUUACUAUUAAAUCAUGCUGAGAGGGAAAAGUCUUUUAAAUAUUAUAUGUAUUAAAAACUGAAAAAUAUAAAGUAACUAAUAUAGAAAAUUUGUAAUAAUAUUCAUUAUAAACAUAAUAAGUCUAGUAUGCAUGUUAGGCAUAAUCGUUCUGCUGAAUGAAUUUAAAGCUAUACAAAUGUAUCCUAUUUGUAACAAUUGGAAUGGUUUUCACAAUAUUUGGCAACCAAAUGUGCAAUUUCAAAUCAUUUUAUGGAAAAAAAAGACCUUGUACUUAACUCGCGUUCCAGUAUUCGCAUAAAAUGUCAUAAUUUGGUAGCACAGACUGUACAAUCAAUCAUUUCAAAUAUAUUAAAUAUAACUUAUUUUUAAACAAGCUAUACGUUCAUUCAUUCAGUCAUUUUCUUUUCGGCUUAGUCCCUUUAUUAAUUUGGGGUC